AUGGGAGCGCCGUACGAACUCAAGUCCCCAAAACAGUUCGUAGCUUCGUCGGACAAAUCAAAAAUCGAUGUCUACGAGCUGACGAGAGACACAAGCACGAACGCGUCCAACGUCAGAAUCAGCGAAUGGAAGAAGGUGGCGACCGUACUGGCCGCUUCCGCAGGCUGCAGACCACCGAGUGACGACGACGCCAUCAAGAAGGGGACGGCGCCGCCGCAGUCGUACGACGCGCUGAAGGUGUUCAGCAGAGAGAUCAAGGGGCAGGCCCUGCGCAACCUAGCGGACGACCUGGUGCAGUCGCGGCUGCUCAUCAACCGCGAGGGCUUCUGCUUCAUCGACGUGACGACGUCGUUCGUGGACCCCAAGUUCGGGGUGCAGUACUUCCGGGCCCAGGACCUGUUCGCUUGGUCGCAGUACGGGGUCGACGAAGAUGACGUCACGGCGACCACGUGGAACCCGUGCGACAUGCAGGCGGCAGGGGCCGUAGUUUUGGACUACGGGGAGAUGGCGAGGGAGAAGGAGGAGCGAGUGUACCAGCUGCGGUACAAGGAGUAUCGCGAGGAGGAGAAGAGGCUGGAGCAGGCCACCAAAGAGCUGGAGGAGUACCAGAAGCUGAACUACUGGGGCGCCCCUCCGCCCUCGAGGCUGGUGUUGGCGGCGGAGGCUUUGAUCCCGGCCCUUCAGCGACGGCGUCGAGCGUCCACGCUAGCAAUAAGAGUGGGUUCACCGUCAGCUGCCAGUCGCUUCUGGUCCAGUGGGCCUCCGUUGGACGGGAAAUCCGGGGUGAACAACUUGGUGGUGGUCGAUCAAGAGGUGGGAGACCAGGCAUUUGGCACGAUUGAUGGCGAGACGAGAGACGGGCGUUUCGAUGCCGGCAACUGGUGGUAUGUAAGGACCACUCAUCCGGACGGGGGAGCAACGUUGAUUGCUUACUACGAAGGGAGCUUCGCUCACGCCGAGGUCUACAAUGGCUACACGGGGCGGCGAGAGCUCGUUCCCCUGCCCUACGCGAUUGAUUCCAAUUUCAGGAGCGACACCCGUUUCUACCUGGCUUGCUUGUCCUCACUCCUCCUCAGGAUUGUGGUUAUCCUCAUCUAA